AUGAAUCCCGCUGCGACUGCGCGACGACUCAAAUCACCAGGUGAAAUUCGUAGAUACUCUACGAUUUACCAUGAUCGGCUGAGGAGUGCUCGAGGGACUCGAGCUGUCCUUAGUGGCCUUGAGAACCUCGUGCUUACCGGUAGUCCAUAUCCAAGUGGUCGCAACAUUGCCAAUGACGAGGUAAUUGUCCUCAAAGACAACUUCCUGACCACCGAUCUCCCAACGACAUGUGCUUCUCACAUCCUCGAAGGGUUUCGCGGUUCUGCGACAUCCAUGGUUGGUCGACUUCUACAGGAUGCUGGAAUUCACAUUGUGGCCAAGACCAACAUGGAUGAAUUCGGCAUGGGCUCGUAUUCUACCAACUCGGCACGGGGGCCUGUCAAGCAUGGAUUCGAUUCACUUGAACAAUCUGUUGGAGGAAGUUCGGGUGGCAGCGCGUUAGUGGUCGCCGGAGGUCUCGCACGCUUUGCUAUUGGCUCAGAUACCGGAGGCUCGGUCAGGCUACCUGCCGCCUACACUGGCAUACUUGGUUUCAAGCCGUCGUAUGGACGAAUCUCUAGGAACGGUCUUAUUCCUUAUGCAAAUUCACUGGAUACUGUGGGUAUUAUGUCUACCUCCGUCAAAGAUGCCAUAUCCAUCUAUCGUAUCUUGAACAAACAUGAUCCGGCCGAUCCAACCUCGUUGGACCUAAAUAGUCGAGCCCGAAUCGAGCAUGCAAAAUUAAGUCGGUCUCGGGUCCCUGAUCAUGCGGCAAGCGAUCAAGUGAGUGUCAGGGUUAUCGGUCUGAGGGAUAAAAAGGAGAGUGCUAGACUCUCACUCGAAGCGGGAAUGAGAUGGAAAGCGUAUGGAAGACAAUAUUUUACCAAGCGGUCUUGGAGAAUAGGUGUGCCAGACGAGUAUAAUAUUCAGGAAAUGCAUCCCUGGAUCCGCAUUGCAUGGCUGAAGACUCUGAGUGUACUGCAGGACAUGGGCAAUGAUAUUGUGCACAUAUCGCUCCCGACUACUCAAUCAGCUCUUUCCGCGUACUACGUCCUCGCCCCAGCUGAGGCAUCUUCUAACUUGGCAAAGUACGACGGUGUGCGAUAUGGUAUUCCACGUGACGCUGAGUUAGCCGAUAACCAUGAAGGGGUGCUCUAUGCGCAUCAUCGAGGUCAGCAUUUUGGAGACGAAGUCAAACGCCGUAUCCUCCUCGGAACCUUUUCAUUAUCAGCAGGAGCCAUGGACAACUAUUUCAUACAAGCACAAAAGGUCCGUCGCCUUGUGCAGCAAGAUUUCAACAACGUUUUCACCGUUCCUCAUCCACUCCUCGAAGCAUCUACAGGCAAUCCUGAAGGCGUCGAUUUCAUCGUUGUGCCAACUGCACCAACACUUCCACCUUUGCUUUCGGAGCUCAAACAUCAAUCACCUCUAGAUUCAUACGUCAACGACAUCUUCACGGUCCCAGCUUCACUUGCAGGCUUACCAGCGAUUAGUGUGCCGGUUGUCGCCGACGAUGACUUGCCGCCGACCUCUGACAAGAACAUCGGUAUGCAGAUCAUUGGACAAUUCGGUGAAGAUAUGCCUCUGUUGAACUUUGUCAGAGAUACCGUGGAAGCAAUAGAUCCACCCAGACCCCGCGAGACUGAUUCCAGGAUAUGGACAGCACGUAGGUUCUGA